AUGAAAACCCCAUUAGUGGAUGAUACGAGAAGUGACUCACCAGUCCCGAGUUCAUUUGAAGGCGCCCGCCACGUUGAUGAUAUCACAGGGGCAGAAGAGAUUUUUGAAGAUCGAGAGCUAUGCACUGAACACAAUGAGAGGAGGUAUUACAAAGAAAGAUUGAAAACUGUGUCGUAUGCUGUAGUAAUGUGCUUGAAUCUUGGUGUGGAGCCACCAGAUAUGAUGAGGCGACAGGUUCCAUGCGGAAAACUGGAAUGUUGGGUAGAUCCUCAGGGUAUGAGCCCUCAGAAGGCUGUACAGCAAAUUAUCAAAAACAUUCAGGCUACUUACGAAAGAUGGCAACCGAGAGCCAGGUUCAAAAUUGCAACGGAUCCUACUGUGGAAGAGGUUCGUCGGCUUUGUCAAGGAAUGCGUCGCAAUGCCAAAGAUGAGCGAGUUCUUUUCCAUUACAAUGGCCACGGUGUACCAAAGCCUACGGAAAAUGGCGAGUUAUGGGUCUUCAAUAAGAGCUUUACGCAGUACAUCCCGUUGUCGAUUUAUGACCUACAGACUUGGAUUUGCAAUCCUUCUGUUUACAUUUGGGACUGUAGUGCUGCGGGCCUUAUUGUGAAAUCUUUUUCCCGUUUCGCUGGUGACCAGGAAAAGGAAUGGGUAAAACAAUUAGACGAACACAUGGAGACGAAACCUCCUCCACUUCCAAUGAUACAGGCGGCAAUGUCUAUUGACCAGCGAGCAACAGCAUUUGGUUUUCCAAAGAAGCCGAAUUUUAGAUCACUUAAAAGUCUGGGAAUUAGCUGCUCUGUUAUUGGCCUCAGCAUUCGGCAUCCUUUCUGGAAUUCGGUCUUUGCUGCAUGUGGGACUGUAGAUAACUUUCCUGUAUCAAAUCUGGACAGGAUCAUUCCGGGUGAAAUUAGUGAUAGGAGGUCGAUAUUGGGUGAGCUUAACUGGAUAUUCACAGCAAUUACAGACACAAUUGCGUGGGACGCCUUGUCUAAAGAACUCUUUCAAAAGAUUUUUCGUCUUGAUCUCGUUUUGGCUUCUUUGUGUAGAAGUUUCUUACUGGCCGAUCGGGUCAUGUUGGCCUACAAUCGUCAUGUAGUAUCGGAGCCGAAGUUGCCUUCUCUACAUGAUCAUCCUUUGUGGGAUGCAUGGGACUUUACGUUGGAUCAUUGCCUCGAUCGCAUGCAUGGUGCUGCUCUACAAAAUUCAAAUGUUCUUUGGAGUCUCGGCAAAGAGUUAUAUUUUGUUAGGACAUCUCUCCGCUACAACGUCCUCAUCGAAAUGAAUAACGAGUUUUAUAAAUCAGAAAAAGAAAAUGGAACUCCGCUAAAUUGGUUUUUCAAGGAUCAGUUGAAAGCCUUCGAUAUGUGGUUGAGAUACGGAGCGGACAAGCAUAUUCCUCCGCAGCAACUUCCUGUUGUUUUACAAGUUCUGUUAAGUCAGCAGUAUCGAGUGGAGGCGCUGAAAUUGUUGGCAAGGUUUCUUGAUCUAGGCGCUUGGGCGGUUGGUCAUGCGCUAACCGUUGGAAUCUUCCCGUAUAUGUUGAAACUGCUGCAAAGUGGUCUAAAGGACUUAAGGCAGUGGCUUGCCUUUAUAUGGGCAAAAAUUCUUGCGGUGGAGCCCAAUUGUCAAAGUGAUCUUGUAAAAGAUAAAGAUCAAGGGUGUGUUUUUAAAAAGACAUUGUCUUUUUUCCCAAUUGCGCUUUCAGUACUUGUACUUCAUUACGAUUCUGAACGAUAUAUCAGUAUCGCCUUGGCACAAAAUUGCAUCUGCAUUUGUAACGGCAGCAAUAAUACACAACGAUUACAAGUAGUCUCAUUACUGCCUUCUUUAAUGAUCUUUUUCUUCAUUAUGCUUUCGGCUUUUAGGCCUGCUCAAGAUGUCUUAAGCUCGAAUGGCUACAUUUCGAUAUGUGUGGAAUUGCUUUCUGGUUCAGCCAUUGAAAAGUGUCGAUUACUAAAGCUUUGGGUACUGAUUGGGCUAGGUCGUCUUUGGUCCGGACAUAACGAAGCUAGGUGGCAAGCCAUCAGGCUUGUCGCUCACGAUAGAGUUAUGGACUGUCUGAACAAUGCAGUGCCAGAAAUACGAGCUGCAGCUAUGUACGCACUAGGGUGUUUAGUGAGAAAUCGCUCGGAAUCUAAUGAACACGCUUCGUCAGUCGAUCACGAAAUCUGCGAGCGAAUUGCUACGAAAUGUAUGUACGAAGGCUCAGUGCUAGUGAGAGCAGAACUUGUAGUUGCUCUGCAGUGGUUUAUUAUUGAUUUUGAGCAGCAUUUCGCAAACGUGUAUCUUGAGCUUUCCAAGAAAGCGGCAGAAAGGAGGUUGUCAAGAAAAGCAUUUUUGGAUGAGAAAGCUGCUUUAGAACGUAGUGAUAGAAGGCCUGUGAGGCGAAGUAAUUAUGGCCGAAAACUGUCGGUUGGUGAAAAUGAAAAUAGCAGGAUACCAGAAGACCAGCCGUUUACUUAUUAUAGCACGCUCCCAAGAGAUUAUUUGAAACAGUCGUACAGAAGGCAAGUUCAAGGAGUCCCACAAAGGUCUAAUUCGAUGGUUUUAGGUCCUUUAUUCGAACACAGCGGUUCGUCUAACGCCACUACUCCCAAAAUGGGCAAGAGGGAGAAGAGGGAAGAAGAAAUUUUCAAGGAAAAGGUUAGGGAGCAAAUGCAAUUACUAGCAGAGCAGUUGAUGAUGAGUCAGGUCGAACGAGUUUGGUUUGCUAUUUUAUGGCUUUCUCUAGACCCUGUCAAAAAGGUUGCCGAGAUGUCGCGGGUUUUAAUCAGUUACAUCGAGGAAGUGGCAGCAGCGAAGAAGGAAAGGUUUUCAAACAUUUACAAGCAGUCAACCGCAUCAUUUGUUGCUUCUAAUGAAAAAAUAAAUGAGAAGAAUGAUUCACCAGAGCGUCCGACUUUUACAAUAGGAUCUCCUACGAUUGAGAAAAGCUGUUUUGAGGAAGCUCACGGGAGAGGAACGGAUGUAACUCCCAAUUCUUCGUUUUCCGCUAUUCCAGCUGUGACACUUACGACCUCCGAUGCAAGUAAAGUGGUUUCUGCUCAUUUGGCGGUCCCAACUUUGAGCAGAGUUCAACAGAAGAGUGGAACUGUAGCUUCAGCCUCAGCUCCUGUUGAAGCUCCGAAUUCUAGAACUGAUUGCAAAGCGAGUCACUUUGACUCUUCAAAAUUAGUUGGGGAUCGGAAGAUUUGUUCUUCUAAAAAAGGUGAGUCGAGAGAUCUACAGCAUCGUCACUCAAAAGAUGAGGCUGAUGCCAGUGGUCAUGGAAACGCAGUAUCUUCUGAUGCAGAAACUGUAUACAGUGAAGCUUCUGGAACUGGGAAAUUAAACGCCUUAAAGCGACAUCAAAACGCUACUGAAGAUUUGAAUGCUACUCAUAAGAACUGUAGUGCGGCAUUAGGUAACAAUUCUUCCCCUUGGAUGGUUUCUAAAGCAGGCUCCAAAAAACAUCUUGUUGUGGGAAAUGGUGCUGAUAUUCCUGGAGGACUAGUUAAAACUAUGAAAGUAUCAGUUCGCGGUGGCAAUUUAAAAGAAAUGUCUCAUAACGAAAUAGAUGCCGUCACUUGCCUGAAACAUCCAGCACAGAAUAGCAGCGGAAGUGUGGAUGAAGGAGGCAUAUUUGAUACCCGUGACUCGGCUUUAGAAGAAGCAAAGUUGAGCUACUCUAGGCCUGUGAGCGCAGGCGCGAAUGCGUCGUCGGGAGAGAAGAAUUCUAAAGAAAAUGGGAACUUUGCAAAAUCAGUCCCUGAUGUUGCUAUAGAAGCACCUGUAGAUGUAAAAGACUGUUCCGAUAUAGCUGCAGAACCAUCUGCCAUAGCUGUAGAAGCAGUAGAUGCUGUUGAGGAGCUUGACAGCAGUGACAAACACGCGUCCAUCUCGUACGAUACUCAUAGUGCUGCUGCAACGAGCAUUGCGCAAAAUUCUAAACAGAGUGGUUCAAGUGGUACUCCAUCAGUUCGUCAGAAGCCACGACUGUCAAGGCCUGAAAAUUCGGCUGCUGCCAUAUUUCAUGCUUCAAGUAUAUUUACUCCAAAGCGAAAGGUUCAUGCACCAAACAUGGAGAGCAUGGUUAAGCUGGACGAAUGGGAUAAAAAGAAGGGAAAAGAGCCUUUGAAACCUCUAGUCACUACAGAAUUCAUUGCUUGGUGUUCUAAAAGGGUAACUGAACCUCUGCUUGAUGUUAUAGAAGAACGUGUCGGUGACGGUCUUAACGAUGCGUCAUGCAAGAAGAAGCUACCGACUGACUGGGCGUAUUCUAAACGCGAAGUUCUUGUGCAAGUUGCUGACCUAGAAAAUCAAGUGUUGGAAAAUAAUCCUUUUGCACAAUGCGACAGUCAGUUGUUUUUCUUAAAGCCGGAGAGAUCAGUAACAUGUUUGGCAUGGAGCUAUUUACGGCCUCAUAUUUAUACAUGCGAUGGCAAAAAUUUUGAUAUUUGGCGGUAUGAGGUGCAAAAAACUCCAGAAGUCAGAAGGAGGAUUGACUGUGCUGAUAACAAUCCAUACUGCUCGGAUACCGUAUGCCAGUUAGAAUCAAUAAAUGAUAUGACUCGAGAGUUGGUAAUGAUGGGGAGUACUGACAGUUUAGUGAGAAUUUGGGAUCCUGGUUACUCGAUGUAUUCAAAUGACUUCGAAAGGGAGCAACGACUCGUAACUGCAGCUUACUUGUUGAAAGACGAGCCUCGGUUUGGAGAUGGCUUAAAAACUGUGUAUAGAUGGAACCAAAAAAAAGGAUUCAUUAUUGCUUCUGGAAAUGUUGGAGUUUGUCGCUUGUGGGAUGCUAUUACUGAAAAAAGGAGUCAGGAUUUAAGAAUUAUUACAAAGGCAAUGAAUAAAACGCGGAAACCUGUUGUGACAAAAAUAUGCUCGGACAUUUCAAAUCCUGAAUUGCUCUGUUUGGGUAAACUUAGAGCUGCCCAUAGUAUAUCUGGACUACGUAGAUUUAAUUUAGGAAUGAACGAUGGAAUGGUUUAUUUCUAUGACCUGAGGUUACCAUCUGGUGAGAAGCAACGCGUAAUGUCACUACGUGGCUUGAAGGGGUCUGUGGUUGGCCUCUCUACUUUUUCAGAGGCAGCUGCUGACGAUGAAAUGUUUAUUAUUGCUGGUUCAAACAGUGGCGAAGUUCGAAUUUGGGAUCCUCGAAUGUUUGAGGAACCUUUAAAUGAAUUUAAUGCAUGCGUGGCUUCUAAAGCUCAGGAUGUAAAGAUGUUAUCAAUGGACGUUCAGAAGCAUGGAAAGCUUAUCUCUUGCGCGACAACUGUGCCUGAGGUUCGUAUUUACGGGACAAAUAAGAAGUUACGCGGGGAAAUAAAAUAUGAUGAUGCAUUAAUAGGCGGUCGUUUGGGAGCUCCUUCUGCUGUUAGUUUUCAUCCUUUACGAGUUAUGUUGGCGGUCAGUACAGAAGAAAGGAUGGUUUCGGCAUACGGUCUACCUCAUUCUACGUCGUAA